GACACUAGGUCUGGCUAGUUAACACAUGUGGAAUGAGAAUGCACCUACCUCUGAGUUGGCAGCGUUAGGGAUGUACUUGGAUUCCCAGGUUGGAAGAUUAUCUCACUCAGUCUAAGUUCUCCCAAAGAUAUAUAAGCUAAGCUAUCGUGGUGAGUCUCAGCAGAGCUGACCUGAGCACUAGGGGAUUUCAGUCAUAAAGGAAUACAACUUACAACCAUUGGCAAACAUGAUGAUGCUGAAAGUAGAGGAGCUGGUGACAGGGAAGAAGAGUGACAAUAAAGAGACUGGAGAUUUCCUUCCUGAGUACUUCAAAAAUGGAGAGUACGAAACUGCUGUAAGAUUAGAGAAACAAGAAGACCUGAAAACACUCCCUGAACACUCCCUGACCCGAGGAAACCUGACCCAUGAAAAGGAGAAAAAGCUACAGGCAGAGAUCAAGAAGAAAAAGCUAGAGGAGAGACCAAAACUUGAAAACUUGCAAGAUCUUGAAAAAAUUAUUCAGCUGAAGAAAAGGAAAAAAUGCACAAAAGUGAAAGUACCCGUUUUAAAGGAACCUGAACCAGAAGUUAUUACAGGACCAGUGGAUGUACCUACAUUUUUAAAAGCUGCACUGGAGAAUAAAUUGCCAGUAAUUGAAAAAUACCUGUCAGACAAAGGGGAUCCAGAUGCUUGUGAUAAGUAUCAACGCACUGCAUUGCACAGGGCAUGCUCAGAAGGACAUCUGACGCUGGUGGAAAAGUUAGUGGAAGCUGAAGCCCAACUUGAGUUCCAAGAUAUGCUUGAAUCUACUGCUCUUCACUGGGCAUGUCGUGGGGGAAGCCUGGAAGUUCUGAAAUUCCUGCUCAACAAAGGAAUAAACAGAAACGCCAGAGACAAGUUGCUCAGUACACCUUUGCAUGUAGCUGUAAGGACGGGUCAGUAUGAAUGUGCCGAGCACCUCAUUGCCUGUGAAGCAGACCUCAAUGCCAAAGACAGAGAAGGAGACACCCCACUUCAUGAUGCAGUGAGGCUGAAUCGUUAUAAAAUGAUUAGACUCCUGAUUAUGUAUGGAGCAAAUCUACAUAUAAAGAACCGUGAAGAGAAAACCCCUAUGGAUCUUGUUCUUCAGUGGCAGAAUGGCACCAAAGAGAUAUUCAACAGCCUUAAAGAGAACUCCCACAAGAACUCCCAUAUAAACACAUUCUGAAGAGAGAAAAAUUACUUGCCUGGAGAAAUGUAGUUUUCUCUUCAGCAAUUUAAAGGCACCAACCAACCUCAAGAAAAAUUGCACUGAACAUGCUAUUUUUACUGAAGAAAAAAUUUGUAUCCGAUUGGAUUAUAUGUAGCUGCCUUUGUUGGAAUACUCUAGAACAAAGAUUCAGAAAUAUUUAAAGACAGUUUGUGUUAAAAUUCCAUUGAUUUAAAGUUGCUUUAUUUAUUUUAUUUUGUUAGUGGUUCAAAUGAUUAUCAUUGUUGAUCUUUGUCAACAAGUCAUGUUACCGUUGUUUUUAUA